CCCGAGACGCCACGACUUAUCCCGAUGCCGUGUUGCAGCCGAGUCUAAAGACGUCAGCUUUAUGGAACGACGGCUUUGGAACAGAGUGACGUCAUGUGGUAUCCUGCUGUGUUUUGUUAUGUAUUUGUAUACAUUCAACGUAUACAAAGGCUUUGUACGACCGCUACUUCCUGACAUCAGACCGAGGCUGAGCCAUAUAAUGGUGCUUGAUACACCAUUGGGGGCCAGUAAUCAUCAUAACUAUGUCUGUACCAAUCAGACUCAACAGAAUAAAAUCGAAGACAUUCUAUGCAUGACUCCCCCGAAAUUCCUUAAGAGCUACCGAAAUCCCUGUUGGAAGGAACGAAAUAACGGCAGCGACGUGCUAUCUCUAAAAUGCUUGCCAUAUUUCCACAUCAUUGGAGCCGCUAAAGCUGGAACUACAGACCUUUUUGCUAGGGUCACAAUGCACCCUAAUAUUGUGGAGAUCGAUGGAUUUCUUCAUAAAGAGACGUUUUACUGGAGCUGGGGUCGAUAUGGCAAAUGUGAAACAUUCGCACAAUACUGCAAGAAGUUUCUAACAUUUAACCAGUUUGUGUCCUUUUUUAAAAGUGACAAAAUUUCACUCAUAAGAAAUGGAGAAAUACCACAUCACCAAAACGGUCAAAUGAGUUCCUCUUCGGCAGAUACAACGAAAAGAAUUGGCCACAAAUACCACCAUAUGAUCACAGGUCAUGCUGAUCCUAUGGAUCUCUGGGGAAUGUAUUACUGGAAAGAUAUUCCGCAGAACAACGCCUCACUAUCGGAACCCGUAUACACAACACCGCACCUCAUACAUCACACAAAUCCCGGUCUUAAAUUGAUCGUGAUUUUACGGGAACCAGCAGAAAGGACAUACAGCCAUUACAUCUUCCGUCGUCUAGGUAAUAGUGCUCGAGAGUUUCACCAUCAUGCCGUGGGCAAUUUCACGAUCCUUCUCACUUGUGUGGAAAAAGUUGGCAGCAUGAGGGCAUGCUUGUUUAAUGAGUCUCUUUUGGAACAAUUUAAAAAUUUUCCUAUCCAUGGUAGUUUUUAUUCCCUGCUAUUGAAAGAAUGGUUUUCCGUAUUUCCGAGGGAGCAGUUCCUUGUUUUGCGCACCGAAGAUUAUUCCCGCAAUAUGACAUUCUACCUACGAAAGAUAUUUAAGUUUUUAAAAGUUGAUGAUGUGAACGACAAAGAUUUUAAAAAAAUUUCGAAUAUUCCUGUAAGAAGAAAAACAAAGCAUAAGAAAGCAGUAGGAGAAAUGUUACUAGAGACACAGUUAUUCCUGAACAAAAUAUUCCGACCAUAUUUAGAGGAGUUAUCUGUCCUUCUUCACGACAAACGCUUUUUAUGGAAGAAAAACAAUAUCAUAUCACCAUAAGACUUGUAUAUGAUUGCUGUUCAUAUUCCAGAUGCAGAUUUUAUAUCUUUUUAAUUAAGAAGAAAAAUAUUCAUUCCAAUGUACAUAUCGUACUAUUUAUUUUAUUUUAAUAUGCAAAUAUUUUCACGAGCAAGUAACACUUGUCAAAUACAUUAAUUGUUUUAUAUGAAUAAGUAAUGCAUGAUAUGUGAUAGAUAAAAUUUGAUUAUGUUUCAAUUAAUGCAUUUAAUGAUAACAAAAAACUUUCUUCUUACACGCCAGCAUGUUGAUUACGUAAUGUUUCAAUCGCUUGCCUUGUUGAUGAAACUGGACGACUAGCUUUGUUGAUAAGGAUUUAGGUUAUUGUGCCUGGGGCUAUUUGUUCGGGGAAAACUUUAUAGAUUUAUACAAGAUGUUACAAGAUGAUGAUGAUGAUGAUGAUGAUGAUGAUGAUGAUGAUGAUGAUGCUUCCUGAGUAUCACACAUACAACUAUUGUGUCAUAGUAACGAAUAAAUACAGUGCAAAGCUGUAAGCUAGAAGCUCUGGCAAAGUAAUCGCAUUAUCUUACACCAAGAGAGACGAGACACGUAUGUUUCAAAAACUAUAAUAAUGUAUUAUAUUUUACUGUUAACUUCAAAUAAGUAUCUAGUGGUUAUUUUAGUGGAUGGUAGAUAUAUGAUGAUAGAAAUGAGAAGUACUCGAUAAUAUUACAUGUAAUUAUUAUCGAAAGUGCCAUGUUUAAAUGAAUGAUUAUUUACACCAAGCAGGUUCUAGUUUACGAGAAUUACUUAUUUGAAACAGGCAAUACUUAGUUCAUAGAGUAUACUUUCCUUCUCCCUUUUCCUUAAUUCUUCUCAAUCCUAUUUGAUUGAGAAAUGGAGCUUAAUAAUUCUGUUUGUUUAUUGUUUUUUGUUUACAGUGUGUUACAUGAGACAAUACGUAUACGAAUGCUAGUCUUCCGAUUGACAAACAUAAAAAUUUGAAUAAAUAUCUUUUUGGAAAGGUACACGAUAAUAUAAAAAUAUAUUGUAGUGUGUGUCACAAAUACAUACAUAAUUUACAAUUGACAAGAACCAGCUGUUUCAAAUAGCAAAUCUCUAAAUAGCAUGUAUAGUUUGAUCGUUUUGUUAGAUUUUUACUUCUAUGUUAAUUACUAAUAAACGUCCAUUAUCAAC